GGUGGCCGUGCUGAACAGCAAAUACUUGCCGUACUAUCUCGGACUGCUGCUAAAUUUUGGUAAUAUGAUGAAUUAUGGAGAUGCACGCAGGGGUAAUGCUGGUGCGGUGAAUUUAAGCCUUUUGGAUAAACUGGAGUUGACGAAAGACAAUAAAGGAAAGUCGUCACUUUUCACAUACCUUGUGACUACUGUGAAGGUGCGUCGUCCCGAGGCCCUACAUCUUAUCGAUGAGAUGAAGCCUGUUUUGACCGCGAAUGUGAUGCAGAUCAGUUGGGGGGACAUGGAGAUGGCCAUGCAAGAAGCGGAGAAGGCGGUGCAGGUAUUCCAGAAUCACUGUACCCUUGUGAAAAAGAAACUGGUUGAGCUUGGCACGGAUGCGGAGGAUCCGUUUGUCCCCUUUGCGGUGGAAUUCACGAUGCGUGUGACUGGAGAACUGCAGGAACUAAGGCAGCACUACGGCCGUCUUGAUAACACACGAAUAAAAUUUCUGCAGUACUUUGGCAUCAUUGAUGCGAAGAAGAAACCGGAGGAUAUCUUUUCUCAACUUGUUCCAUUCAUUGAACGGGUACGAAGGUCGAUGCAGGAAAUGGUUAAGAAGGAGCGUCGCAACAUGAAGAAGGGACAAAAACUUGGAGAUGGGGAAUUUGCACACGUAGUGCAGAAGCUGCAGGAGCAGGUGGCACUGUAA